AUGAAUACAACAAAAUUCUGCACCACGAGCUGUUUUCAAUUCGCGGGAUUUUCCCAAAGGCCCAAAAACUCGAAUUUCUCUCAUUUAAGCUUCAAUUCAGCUACUUUGUUUAUUCCAAUUGACGGGAAAUUCUUCGUACCGUGCCGGCGAAGCCGCUGUACGGCGUCGCAUUGGAUGUCCACUCCGGCUUUCAUAGUCAAGGCUUCCUCCACCACCGGCACGGCUAAUGACGAGGUGGAAGCUUCAUCUAAGGGUGUGGUUGGAGUUGAUGAUUUGUUGAUUGUUGGGCCGGGGGUGCUCGGGCGUAUAGUAGCUCAACAAUGGAAAAAGGAGCACCCCAGGUCUCAAAUUUACGGACAGACAUUGACAAUCGAUCAUCAUGACGAGUUAAAAGAAACUGGAAUUGUUCCAUUCCUAAAGGGAACCCAAGUGGCUCAUAAGUUCCCUAAUGUUAUCUUUUGUGCUCCUCCUUCCCGAAAUCCGGACUACCUAGGCGAAGUUAGGGAAGGAACUUUAAAAUGGAAUCGUGAAGGUUCUUUCUUAUUUACUUCAAGUUCUGCUCUCUAUGACUGCCAUGACAAUGGAUCUUGUGAUGAGAACACUCCAGUAGUACCAACGGGGAGGAACCCGAAACUAGAUACUCUGCUGAAUGUGGAGAAACUAGUGUUGGAGGCUGGUGGUUGUGUUUGUUGA